AGAAAGUUAAAAAAACUCCAUUGAACAGACAGACUCUCUCUCUCUCUCGAUCUCUUCGUAGCACUCAUAGCCUCUCUGCGACGAGGCCCAAAGAGAGAGACAAUAAAGACAAAGAAAGAUAGAGAGAGAAAAACUAACUCCUUCCUUCCUUCUUUAUACAGAGAGAUAAUCGAAACAGAAAUAGAAAGAUCUACUGGGUCGUUCGAUAUUAACAGAGUUGGUUUUUGAGGACAAAAUAUGGAUUGAAAGAGACCUUUUGCGUUAUGCGGAUUUGGAGCAGUGAAUUGGAAGGGGAUUUUUGGAGAAUGUGGGUAAUGUGGAGACAAUUUGGAUUGAACUAGUGUAUAAAGUAGGUGUUGAGGACAAGUUUUUGGAUUGGCAUAGAAAUGGCUGAUGCAGCAGGGUUAAUGGAAGCGGCUGGGGCUAGAUUUAGUUCCUUAGAGUUGAUUGGGAGAGGAUCAUUUGGCGAUGUCUAUAAAGCGUUUGAUAAGGAGCUUAACAAAGAAAUUGCUAUCAAAGUCAUUGAUUUGGAAGAAUCUGAGGAUGAAAUUGAGGACAUUCAAAAGGAAAUUUCUGUUUUGUCACAAUGCCGUUGUCAAUAUAUUACAGAGUAUUAUGGUUCAUAUCUUAACCAGACUAAACUAUGGAUAAUAAUGGAAUACAUGGCCGGUGGCUCUGUUGCUGAUCUACUCCAGGCGGGUCCUCCGCUGGAUGAAAUGUCAAUUGCUUGUAUUUUACGUGACUUGCUGCAUGCAAUUGAAUAUUUACACAAUGAAGGAAAAAUUCACAGAGAUAUUAAAGCGGCUAACAUCUUGUUGAGUGAGAAUGGUGAUGUUAAGGUUGCAGAUUUUGGUGUUUCUGCGCAAUUAACAAGAACAAUAUCCAGGAGAAAGACUUUUGUAGGAACACCAUUCUGGAUGGCUCCAGAGGUAAUUCAAAAUUCAGACGGAUACAAUGAGAAGGCGGAUAUAUGGUCUCUGGGGAUAACUGCAAUUGAGAUGGCAAAGGGGGAGCCUCCACUUGCAGAUCUUCACCCUAUGAGGGUCCUUUUUAUCAUACCUCGAGAAAAUCCUCCACAGCUGGAUGAGCAUUUUUCUCGUCCUAUGAAAGAGUUUGUUUCAUUGUGUUUGAAGAAAAUCCCUGCUGAGAGGCCAAGUGCUAAGGAACUUCUGAAGCAUCGAUUUAUUAAAAAUGCUAGGAAGAGCCCAAGGCUUCUGGAAAGAAUAAGAGAGCGUCCAAAGUACCCAAUAAAGGAUGCAGAAAGUCCCAGAAAUGGUCAAAGAACAGUAAUGGAGGGAUCUGAUACUGUCAAGGUGACAAGAGAUGUAGCAGCUGAGGGAACUGUCCGAGCCAGUGGUCAGGCAAAACCUUUGAAAAAUGCUGGGUGGGACUUCAGUAUUGGUGGAUCAAGGAGUACUGGAACUGUUAGAAGUGCUGUAAAACCUCCUCAGGUUAGAGAAAAGAAAACAGAAACAUCAUACGAUAAGGUUUCCCGGCGAACUUCCGACAGUGGUAACCAUUUGUUGUCUCCAUCUGGAAAUACCCUUCAGGAGUCACCAGAAAUAUCAUUUGGUAAAGAUGCUAGGGAUCCACAUCAUGAUGAACAUCAUGAUAAUUCUCAUGAUCCUGAUGAAUUAUCAGUAAAUGUGUCAGGAACGGUUGUUAUAAGAACUCCCAGGGGAUCUCAGUCAUCUCCCGUGUUUCGAGAUCAAAGCAGUCUGUCUAGCAGCACCAUUGCUUCUUUUGAAGAUGCUUCUACUAGUGGAACUGUUGUCUUUCGUGGCCACGAUGAUUCUGAUUCUCCUCGGACUCCAAAAUCUAGACUAGGCAUACAAGAGAGGACUUCAAGUGCCUCGCUGGAAGACAGUGCAGUAAAUCUUGCUGAGGCAAAGGCUGCAAUGCAAGCAGGGCUGCGGAAAGGAAAUGCAAGGGAAGGUAGAAGAAGAGAGCAAUUGACAAACAGCUCUGAUUCUUCCAGAAGUUCUCGCGACUACUUUGAUGCACCAAGAGCAUUUCCUAGAUCACGCCAAGCAAGUGAAGAUGACGAUAGUUCUAGAAUAGCUUCUUCAUCAGCAUCUUUAUCGGUUUUGCUUAUUCCAUCCUUAAAGGAGGCAGUAGCUGAUGAUCCAGAAGGAUCAGUUGUGCGUGCUGUUACAAAUUCACUUAUAAAUAUGGAGCGAACAAAGCCUGGAUCUGCUGAUGUCCUCCUUAGAAGUUUGCUUCAGCGAUUGGCAAGUUCAAAGGAAUCUUCAAUGAAAGAUCUACAGGAGCUAGCAGCUCGCCUGUUCCUCAAGGGCAAGGGAGCUCCUGAUGAAACACAAAAUGCAAAUGCUGAGGCUGAGAACAAGAAGAAGCAACAAAAUAAGGAACUAAAUUCGACUGCCAAUUUAAGCCCUCUUGCAAGGUUUCUACUCUCAAGAUGGCAAGGUCAAGUUUCGCGGGAUGUCAAUCCAACUUAAAAGAAGAGGUUGGAGCUUGAUUACAACUUUGUUUUGUAGUGUGUUACUGUUUAUGCAUUCUUUCACAUUUGAUGUACAUAUCAUUGUAAGAAAUUGUGCAUUUAAUAUCUAUUCUAUAUUUACCAUUACUAUUAUUGUUAUUUUUCCUUUUCAUAGUAUUUAUUUUGCAGUGGCGAAUUGCUGUAUAAUUAGGGUUUGUUUACAAUGUAAUUUCAUUAACAACAUUAAUUGUAUUUAUUAAUAUAUUUUGAUAAAAAAA